CCGGAAUUCCCUUUAAUCCCGGACGACUCAUACAAGGUGUUUACGAUUUUUAAGGCGACCGAGCUUGGCUUUUUUUUACACAAACAACGAUAAGUGAGCAGGUGUAUUAUCGUAAUGCAAAAUCCAUAACUUCAAGGGCUCGCGUGUAAAUCAAAACAGUCGACACAAAGCCACCGAUCGAGAUGGCGCCUAAUUCGAUACACGAACUGUUGAAAGAGCAGCUCGUGCAGUUUUGCUUACACACGUCGCUGCACGGUUGGUUGCAUACCGUGCUGCCUGAGAAGCGACAACUGGAAAGGUGGACGUGGGUGCUAAUAUGCUUGACGUCAUUAUCGACUGCCCUGUGGCUCACUUUGACCGCCUGGUUCAAGUUUCAAGAGAGCCCGACGAUCCUGGUGUCCGACUCCAAGCAAUACCCGAUUUACCAUUAUCCGUUUCCCGCGGUAACGAUAUGCGGUUAUAAUAAAAUCUCCAAAAAGCGAGCGUACGCGUUCGCCGAACAAACAGUGGGACAGGCCAACGUCAGUUCGUUCGCGAAUGAACUGAGGCUUCUGACCGCCUUGAUAACCAACGACGCGCGUGGCGACGACGACGCGAAGCUGCGACGAGCGUUGGACGAGCACGGCCUGUCCGCCGAGAGCGUCCUCGAACGUUUGGCGCCCUCUUGCGGCGACGAGUUGAACCAGUGCGCGUGGAAGAAGGAGGAGCGCAAAUGCAGCGACAUCUUCGAGCGGAUCGCUACUCCAGACGGUUUUUGCUGCUCGUUUAACUAUUUCGGUCCGAAGAAUCACGUUUUUGGAGGGACGUUAGCGAACAAGGCGCCGAAAUUGCCCAGGCGGGUGUCCACCUGCGGUUACCAAACCGGCCUGGAAGUUUUUAUAAAGAACGACGUAGACGACUAUUUGGCAGCGACCACGCCCUCCGUCGGCCAGAAAGUGGUGAUCCACCAUCCGCGACAGUAUCCGGAUCGGUCGUUCCAAUUCGUGACGACGUCGGUCGACAAAACAUACCUGAUCGGGAUCCACCCGGACUUAGUGGUGACGUCGGAGAACGUCCGCGACCUGCCGGUAGAGCAAAGACGUUGCGCGUUCGCACGCGAGAGGGACCUGUCGAAUUUCGAGCUCUACAGCUACCACAACUGCGCGAUAGAGUAUAAGAUGAACGCGAUCUUGGAAUAUUGCGGAUGUCUGCCGUUUUAUUACCGCAACCCGAGGGGAUCGACGGCGAAUUCGAAAAUAUGCACGCUCGACGACGUCGAAUGUUUAAAAAAUCGUGAAGGAUUACUGGCGAAUUCCGAGCCGUGGCUGGACUCGGACGGGAACGGGACGUCCGCGAAUUAUGAGUGUCCGGCGGACUGCGAGACAGCGUGGUAUACGUUCGAGACGUCAUCCGGCGACCUAGUCGGAACUUACUCGUUCGACGCGCACAGCAUUUACGGUACCGGAUCUUUCAAAAACGGCACCAUGCUGAGAGUGUAUUUCGCCGACCUGACAGGCACGCGACACAGGAGAGCGGUCAUUUUCACGUGGUACACAUUGCUAGCCCACUACGGUGGCAUUCUCGCCCUGUUCACAGGAUUCAGUUUCGUCUCCGUCAUCGAGAUCGUCUACUUUUUCACCAUCAGGCUCCUGAUGAAUCUCAAGAAGCGCGAAACGCGGGGCUCAAAAGCCGCGCACCGAAUACGAGUUUACCCGAAGCACUUACCGAUAAUCAAGUCGGAAGCCGCGUCGUAUGACGGGGACAUCAGAAAAAGAACGAAAAGCAAGUAGGGUCGAUGUGCGUCACGUUCCGUCAUGGGUGGUCGGGAAAUAAAACGCUCUGGAUUGAAAUAAAUUAACGUAUAUAUAUUUAAUGUAGGAGUAUGAAAUUUCGCAUUCGCUAGCAGUUCUAAUGGCCGCGCCAUAAUGUAAGGUUAAUCUA